ACAACGGCCAGUCUCGGCGGCGGUGGCAGCGAAGGAGGAACGGUGGGCAGUCGGUGGUUACGAGAGCGACAUGUUGGCGAUAUCUGUGUGAUUGUGCGCGUGGCGGGCGAUCUCUGACGCGAGAUCUCGUGCGUUUUUACGGUGCGUGUGAUCAACGAUACGGUGCUGCGGAGUGCACGAAGUGAACGAGGGCGCAGACGUCGCCGAUACAUGUGAAGUGUCGCGGGGAUAAUUAUUCGCCGUCGCGCCCGCUGGUUUACCCGGCCCAGCAAACAUGAGCUGGGGCACGGAGCUCUGGGAUCAGUUUGAGAAUCUAUCACAGCACACACAAAAAGGGAUAGAGUUCCUCGAGAGAUAUGGCCAUUUUAUACGUGAUCGUUGCGCGAUCGAAUUCGAAUAUGCAGCAAAACUCAGGCGUCUCGUGAAGGGCUAUCAACCGAAGAAGAAGGAGGAAGAAGAUUAUCAGUACAGUCCUUGCCGGGCGUUCAGGAUGGAGCUGAACGAGGUGAACGACCAGGCUGGCCAGCGGGAGGUGAUCGCUGAGAAUCUCCAGGCUAACGUCCUACGGGAGCUGAAUAUCCUGGUAAAGGAUUUCAAGGAAGAUCGUAAGAAGCACCUGCAGGAGGGCGCGCGGCUGAUGGCCACCCUGACGGGUCAGAUCAACAACCUGGAGCGCGCUAGGAAGGCCUACGAGAAGGCCUUCCGCGAGGCGGAGCGCGCCGUCGAGAAUUAUCAGCGGGCGGACGCGGAUCUUAAUCUUUCGAGAGCAGAGGUCGAGAAGCAGAGAAUGAACAUGACGAUGAAGACCCAACAGAGCGAGGAAGCCAAAACGGAGUACGCGAAUCAGUUGCAAAAGACGAAUGAUAUGCAGACACUACACUACCACACAGCGAUGCCGGAAGUAUUUCAACAUCUUCAGGAACUGGACGAGAAGAGGAUAAAGAACAUGCGAAACUACAUGAUGAAGUCGGUGGAGAUCGAGCGAGCGGUGGCGCCGAUAAUCGCUCAGUGUUUAGACGGCAUCGAGAAGGCGGCGAACGAAAUCAACGAGAAGGAGGACACGAUGCUAGUGAUCGAGCGCUACAAGAGCGGCUUUCAGCCGCCCGGGGACUUCCCCUUCGAGGAUCUGUCGGUAGCCAAGAACUACGACAGCAACAGCCAGUUGGCCCAGCCGGUAAUGCAGCCGAUCCACAAUCACCUGACAGUCAAGGGCACCGUUUCCGGCGGCAAGAUCAAGAAAAGGGUCGGCCUCUUCGGAAUCUUCAGCAGUAACAAGAAGUUGAUCGAGGUGUGCAUAGCUUUAAAGAAUAAUGUGCCUGGCUACGGCGACGGCGCCAAGGAGGACUGCAGCGAUCUGCCGCCGAAUCAGCGGAAGAAGCGACUGCAGCAGCGACUGGACGAGAUCCAGGCGAAGAUCCAGCAGGAGACCGCGGCGAGGGACGGCCUGAUGAAGAUGAAGGGGGUGUACGAACAGAAUCCCGCCCUGGGAGACCCAAUGAGCAUAGAGGGCCAAUUAAAUCAGUCGAGCAACAAAUUGGACAAACUCGGAGCCGAAUUGGCGAAGUUUCAAGGCUUCCUCGAAGAAGCGAUGCGCGCCGGCGUCAGUUUAUCUAGCCCGAGUCAAGCACCGCGAAAACCAACUACCAACGGCUCGGCGACGAGGCCGUUGAGCUCACGGAGGGGCAGCCAUUCGGGCGGCGAGGAGAGUCUCUCGAGAUCCGCCUCGGACUCGAGCGUGUGUAACGCGAAUGCGAAUCAGCCGGCCCACAAGAAAAGCGCACCGGGCACGCCGCAACCGACUCAUGAUUCCACGAACAGCCCGGAAUCUGGCCUCGGCGAAUCGAGAACAUCGUUGCCCGGCAGCGGCGGCGAAGAGUAUUAUCACGAUGAAGUGGACGCUCAACCGCCACUGGGAACGUGUCGGGCUCUUUAUCCUUUCGACGCGACUAGCGAAGGUUCGAUACCGAUGUACGAUGGCGAGGAAUUGUACAUGAUCGAGUUGGAUCAGGGUGACGGUUGGACAAGAGUGCGGCGCAUCUCGCAGCCGAUCGAGGGCUUCGUGCCGACCUCGUACAUAGAGUGUCAUCUGUAUAACACUUAGCCGCUUCUCCUAGGUUGUUGAAAGGGGACUCUUGCACGAUGUAAAACUAUAUUCGAAGGAGAUUAUUGGAAAACGUGUGUUCGGAGCCAUCGACGAUUGAAGGGUCAUGUGUUGGUCAAAUAUACAAGCGCGGAAUACCAGGACAUCGAUAACAGAUCGCAGGCCUAAUCGAUUACUCGAGCGACAACAGAUUAAAGGAUUAAAUGUCAAUUUGCAGAUGCAGUCAAGACUUAGAAAUUGGAUCAUACAGCCAAAAAUCGUGAACAAAACACUCAGAUAUUUCUUAGGAUUUCAAGGAUUGGUGUUUAUUACGAUAAGAUCGGUGAAAAUGUAUCACAUCUAUAUUUAAGAAGUCGUUCAUCAACUUAAGGGGGAACCUACUUUACAGGGUCGAAAGUCGAUUUUCUUUCUUCAUAAAUCGAUAGUACAACUCUUCGAGAAUAUGUUCCUAAAAUUUUAGAGCGAAAUUCGAAGUCCUUCGAUAGAUUCAGCGCUUGUAACGGGAGCGCACAAGUAUGCAAGUACACCGAAAACUUUAAACGCGUUUUUCUCAAAAUUUGUUUUUUUUUUGCAUUUUCUUCAAUUUCGUGUACACGAUUUAAAAAAAAGUAUUUUGACCAAUCGACUUUUUAUAAAGCUCGUUAGUUAGAUAAUAGCCAACCCUCCUCGAUGAACCUAAAAAGUUAAAAAAAAAUCAAUAUUAACAAUUUCUUUUUUGCAUAAACAAAUGGACGCUAGUGAAAAUCGCAACUUUUUUUUCAAAGUCGCACAAAAUUUUAAUUUAUAUAAAGUCGAGGUAUGAGAAAAGGAUCAAGAGCCGUAGCUGGAUGUGGUUGCUGUGAAAUUCUUUUUUAUUUAAAAAGAUGAAUGAGUAUACGUUUCGGUCAUCUAUCGGACCAUCUUCAGUACAAUCUUAAACCGGCGAAAUCUGAGAGUCACUUAAAUUAAAUCACUAAAAGUUGUUCUCCGCCACCACAUUUUUGCAUACGAGACGGCAAAUGUGAGGCAACAUGUGUGAACUUUGACAAAUAGCCUGUUAAGAGGAUUGUGAGCCACUGUGAAUAAGCGCUACGGCUCUGUGAACAACACUGUGAAUAACCAGUUCUUGAUCCCCUUCUCAAACCUCGACUUUAUUAAUUUUAGUGAGCCUUUAAACAACUAUUUUUAAUUUAUAUUUUUUUUUAAAUUUUAUAGGUUCAUUUAGA